AUGGGCCUCAUCCUGCUCAUCGCCGUCCCCAUCCUGGUGCAGGCGCCGUCCAAGGGCCAGGCGCACUACGAGAUGAUGGGCACCUGCCGCAUGAUCUGCGACCCCUACAGCGCCAGUAGCGCUGCCGCCGGACCGUCCAGCCGCCCCGGAGGCACCACGGCCGCCCUCGAAGCCAUGCAAGAGCUGAGCGCCAAUCCGCCGCCGCCACCGCCGCCCUUCAUCCAGGGACCCAAGGGCGACCCCGGCCGUCCAGGCAAGCCGGGGCCGAGGGGCCCCCCCGGGGAACCGGGUCCCCCGGGCCCUAGAGGACCCCCAGGCGAGAGGGGCGAUUCGGGGAAGCCGGGACUACCGGGGCUGUCGGUGCCCGGCAUCGGGGCCCCCGGAACUGCGACGACGGCUGGAGGUGUGGGCUCGGGCAUGGGCGGCAGUAGCAGCAGCCCGGCGCCCGGAAGCGAGGUGACGGGAGCGCUGAGCGCUGCUUUCAGCGGCCCCAAGAUCGCCUUCUACGUGGGCCUGAAGAGUCCCCACGAGGGCUACGAGGUGCUCAAGUUCGACGACGUGGUAACCAACCUGGGCAACCACUACGACCCCACCACGGGCAAGUUCACCUGCCAGGUGCGCGGCAUCUACUUCUUCACCUACCACAUCCUCAUGCGCGGAGGCGACGGCACCAGCAUGUGGGCGGACCUCUGCAAGAACGGGCAGGUGGGUGCUGGGCACGGGCCAGCGGGGAACAGCGGGUCGGGGGACCCUGUCUUCGCCUCUGUAUGUGCGUGUUGAGGGGAUGGGAAUCCUUCCUCCGGGGACAGUCUCAGACGCCACCUAGUUAGCUUGGAGGCAUGGAUGGGUGGGGUGGGGGAUAGCUUCUCCGGAGGUGUCAGCUAAAGGGAACGCUGAACUUGGGGACAAGGGGAUAUUUGGGGCUAGUCCAGAUGUGUAACGGCCCGGUUGGCUCUUGGACUGAUGGCCGUAGCCUCACAGAUCGAACGACGGGGCGAGCGAGAGAACUUUCCUAUGAUCCGAUCUAAACUCAAAAUACAUCUCUCUCGCGCGGUCCAGUCAGUGUCGAGAUCAAGCGAUGUGUUAACAAGCCCUCCAGAUAUCCCAGCCGGAAAGGGGGCUCCCGAUUUUAGUAAGGAAACUCCCCCCCACCCUAAAACCUCACUUCGACGAGGCUCCUAAAUUAAAGGAUUUGACAAACGGAGUUUCAAGAUCAAGGUAUCUCGAUGACUGUGCCGCUUGAAGUCAACUGCCGAUUAGGGGACUAUUCUGGUGGGUGGGUAUUUCAAUUAUAAAAUAAUCUUAUCGCACGCACCCAGAGUGCCCCAGUGGUGCAACUAAGUAAUUUAAGACGGGGUGAAGUCUUUUUAGAUGGUAAUGUGUGUUGUUUUCACUUACCUCAAAAUGUGGUAAGAAGUCAGUCCUGCUGCCUUUGGAGACCCUCUUACUCCUGCUGAGAGCAGCCCUGGUCCUCUACCCCAAAGUCCUGCCCUGAUGGCACUGAGAAUUCCCAAGAAUUCACCAACUUCCUCCUUGAGACCAAGAGAUUUUGACACCUGAGCAGGUGUCAAUGACCUCAAGACAUCUCUAAAUGGAACCUCCCCCCCCCCAAGAGAACUUCCUGUCAAAUCUUUACUAAUGGGAAGCUCCACAAAUGCACAGAAAUAUGUAUAUGGGUAUUUGCACAAGGGGAGGGCAUUUGGUAUAGACAAGUUGAGGGCAGAAGAAUACUUAAGGGUCUUCUUUCCCACACCAUCUUCACUCCAAAUUAUCUUCUUCAAUGUCUUCCUGAGGGGAGAAAAGGAGAUAUGUGUGUUGGGUUUUGGUUACAGGCAUUGUUAUGCAAUACAGUUAAACCUGCAGGGAGUCAUCUAAGAGAAAGUUUGCAUGAGAUCUUUAGCACUCAGGCUUCAUUGUGAUGGGGACAUGGACGGCCAUCUGUUCAAAUGAGAGCUGAGUACAGGACGUCAACCCACAUGGAGACUCUUGAUCCCCUUCCUUGCCCUUCCUCCUGCUUAAGAUUUCAUCCUUGGAGAUUGGCAUACAGGCUUUCUACUCUCACCAUUCUGAACUUCCAAUCAUCUGAGGGGUGUGUGUGUCUUGCAUCAUGCAUGUCAGGGCCACCAUCUGUGAAAUCUUACUUCAAAGAGAGGCCUCACAGCCUGGGGACCUCCACCCAAAAGGAGAUAGAUAGGCUAACAUGUGGAGAUCAGACAGAUUUGAAUGGCCGCAUGUGAAGUAGAGACAUACCCCCUGAUUGUAUGUAUGAAUAUGGGAGCUUCUCAGGCUGUUGUCUUUGCUGCAUCAUGGAAACUGUGGCAUGUCCUCUCCUCCAGUUGCAUGAUCAAGGUUGCACAGCUAAGGGAGCAUGACUUGUCACAGCAAGGAGAAACAGUUUUGGAUCUUGUGGUAGUUAUGCUCACCAUGUUUCAAAGAUCCAAGAGACUUCAAGCCAAUCCAUGCUUAUUGAUUCAGCAUGUAUGAAAUGGUCAAGAACAAGCAUCUGGUGUCACCCCAAACAUAAUGGUAUGCAUUCAAAGUAGUGCUGAAGAGAACUUGCGAGGGAACUUUCUCCUCUCUCCUCUAUUCUCCCGUAAAUCUAUUCUGGGCUUCCCCCUAACCCUGCAGAGAGUAGAUUUGGGGACAGAGCAGGGUACUUGUGAGGGGAAGAGAGGGAGGAAGGUCAUUUUAUAGUAGCACUAAUCCUAGUUGAAUAUCACCCAGUCCUUUUUCACGGAAGCAGUUCACACAUUCAGCUCAGAGUCAGCAAGGGAUGGAGCACGAGUUACACUUGCUGUGAGGAGGCUGCUGAAAGUGCCCCACCCUCAGCAUGAUGUGUAAUCCCCAUUCUGGCUGUGACAUCUAGAGCAGGGAUGGGGAACCUGGACCCUCCUGAUGCUCUUUAACUCCCGCACCCAUCACUCACAGCCAGCAUAGUUAAUGGUCGGGGUGCCGAGAGUCGUAGUCCAGCAAGAUCUGGAAGGAGACAGGUUUCCCAUUCUUGAUCUAGAAGUACCUACUCCAUGGGUUGUCCUCUCUAUGCUGUGAGUCUCCAUGCCUCUUCUCCUGGUUCCUGGCCACUAGUGAUGGUGUGGAGACUCACAACACGGCGGUAGCAACCCAUUUUAUAAGUAGUUCUAAGUCAUUACAGCCAUGAUGAGGACCACUCAGAAUUUUGGAGAGCACCUCCAUUUGGGGGUAGUUCUUGAAGUACAUGGGAUGAAGGCAGAGGGGGCACUUCCCCAUUGCACGGUCCACUUACCUGUUUUCAGAAAAGCAUGGGGGAUGAUUUGGCAAGAAUGGGGAAGAGUUGGAAUUAGUGAGGCUCAUGGAUUUCUAAACUGGGCUCUUAACUGGAGCGUUGGUAGAAAGUGUAACUUGCAAUCCUACCCCAUGCGGGGCAUUAACCUGGCCUCUGGUUGAUCAUGUUGCUGCUGCUUACAUGAAGGUAGAAAGGGAGGAGAGAGGUGGCAGAUGGGUGGAGAGCUAACCAGGCACUUCUGCUGGUGUGUUUGCAUUGUGCCUACUUCCCCCUCCCCUCUAAUUCCUGGUAAGUGGCAGCAAUGUGACUGACUGGAAGUCAGGUGAGCUCUGCUGCCCCACUUUGCUGUCUGCUGCUGCUUCUGCAGGCAAACCAGAUGCUCUGCUCCUGAGCUAUGGCCCCCACCCACAGUUGCCACCACCACUGUUAGACAGUGGAGGCAUGCUUAGAAGGAGAAUAUCAGCUUCAAAAUCCUCUCCUCUGCACUCAGAAAGAGAUCCUAAGAUUGUAAAUUUGACCCUCCCAUAUAUAGGGUUGGAGGGGCAGGGAAUGAGAGCUCAAGCUAGGACCUUCAGUCUAGGGGCCCAAAUUAUUUUUUAAUGGAGGCCUGGUAGAUCCUGUCAGUCAAAGCUUGCUAAAGCUUUGUGCUGGACACACUGAGAUCUCCAAUCUGAAUCCCUUGGCCUAGGACCCAGAUUUUGAGAUGGAGUUGAGGAGGCAUUAUCCAUCUAGAAGUGAGAGGAACCCUUCAACUAGGAAUCUUACUCCAAGAUCUGCCACAAUUUGAAAGGGGGACAAUCCCAGUGUCACUAUGCAGUUUCUUUUGUAAUAAAAACAGACACCCAUUACCUAGGAUCUUCAGCAAGAAGCCUGGGGUCCCCCUGGAGGCAAAGUCAGCAUCUUGACUCCCCAGUGACUCAUUUCUGUGGAGAAUUCUGUGCUCUAUGCUUUCCCCUUUGGCAUCUUCUCCCAACCCAUGCUCAGCCUGAAGAGCCUAAGUUCUGAUAUCUCUGGUGCUUCCUGGCUGUCUUUGCCACGUAAUACUAUGGAGGCUUCUAUUCCUAGAAGCAUCCUAGUUCUAUGGCUCCUCUUCCUCUGUGGACAGGAAAUGUUGGCCCAUCUGCCAAAACUGAGCAAAAGAGAGGAGGAUGUGCUUGCAUGAUCCAAGAACUACCACAAAAAUGUUCACUCGUUACUUACACCUGGUGGGUGCAGCUAGGGUUGGACCUUGGGGUUGAAGCCAAGGAUCCCAUAGUGCAAGGGACUUCCUAGUGACCACCCACAGAAUGGCAGAUGAUGGAUGAAGAGUCUAACAUGCUCUGCAUCAGGACUUGCAUUGGCUUGGGCAUGCCAGGACCCACUGGGCCAGACACUGUUCAUCACAGCAACCUUUAUUUGCUUUUAAGUUUCAAAAGCAUUUUGUAGUCAUUGGGUGGGUAGCUGGGCAUAUUCCCAAGGAAAUGUGUUUGCUAUCAAGGCUGCAGAAGUAAACCCCAUGUUAUUCCUGACGUCUUAAAGAGACGGUGUGAGACUAUGAAAAGCAGGGUCUAAAAUUGCCUGCACCACUGUUUACACUUGCAAGUCCUUUCUAUAUGUGGGGAUAGAAAAGAAGUGGACAUUCCUUCCUGCUCAAUGGUUUUGCAGGAUGGCCCAACUCUGUGGUGGCCAUCAGCCUCUGGCCUCAACUCACUUUUGAUUUACACACUCCUUUUCUCCAGAACCAUGGACAGCUCUCUUGAGCCCUUCAGGAUCAUUGAGCGACUACACGGCCAUGCUAAAACCAAUGUGGAUUCCGUUCUCAGAAUAUUAACAUUUCUCACUUGCUCCCAUCUGCAGUUUCUUCUGUCCACGAUCUCAUGGAUAGGAAUUAGUAGGAAGGAAAUCGGAAGACUUCAUAGAUGUGACCAACUCCUGUAGAGAGGCAGGCCUAGGGGAACAUUGCCACCUCUGCAUUCGUAUGGGUGUAACAUUUCUACCCAGGAAUUCCUCACUCCCAUAAUAUCCCCUGCCGAUUUCUUACUACAUUUAUACCCCAUCUGUCUCCUGUUAUGGAACGCAAAGCAGUGUACAAGUAGUUUCCAGAUGGUCACCCUGACCAGACUCAGGCCUGGUUAGCUCCAGCCUCUUAUGCCUCCAGACCACACCAUAGAACCUUUCUGCAUUAGACACUUUUCACUUAGUAGGAAAUAUGAUAUCUCAUUUGGAAAGCAGCAGCUAUUUGAGUAAGGCUAGUGCCCGCAGAAGGAUGGGCAUUCAAGGGUGGAAGCUUUGCUGAGUAGUCACUUGGGCAGGGAGAUAAAUUACACCAAGGAAAGAAAGUUUUCCUUUGUUGCCACAGAAUGGACUGCACCCCUGAGCAAGUGUGAGGUGCAAAAAGGUGGGGAGAGGGAUGAAACUUGCGGAAGUGAAACACAAGAGGAAGAGGAGCCUGUGAGGAUUUAAAGAAAGGAGGGGAACGCAAAGGAGAGGCCACGAAGAAAGGGAAAUGGCCACUAAUUCACAUAGCGGUGGCAAUGCAACAUAUCGAUGUGCUCUGAUACAUGUUUGAGCAUUUGUAAGCCUGGUUUAUAACUAUGGCAAAAGAGAUCAAUACAGUGACUUCACCUUAUCAGCACUACAUUAAAAGAAACCUUCCUGGGUUAUUGCAAAAGAACUUUAAAUAUUCAGGCCAAGGAAGGAGAAUGCCAUUGAGCUGUCCUGGGACUUCACCACUGGUCCAUUCAUCUGUCAGAGGAUUAUAUUAUUAUAUUGUAUUGCACCUCUCUCUCUCUCUCUCUCUCUCUCUCUGUGUGUGUGUGUGUACAUGUAAAGAAAUGUGAAGAGAUGUAUAUUUUGAGAUGGGGCAACCCAGUUGAAUGGGCACAGUAUUAUUAUUAUUAUUAUUAUUAUUAUUAUUAUUAUUAUUAUUAUCAUCAUCCCCUUGAGGCUCAUUUUACAAAAGGGUGGGGGUAUAUAUCUUCAAAACAAAUAACACAUAAUGAAUAUUGUACGACUUUAAGUAGUAAUGGCUGCGCCCGAGGAAUCCUAGGCACUGUCAUUUGUUAAGGGUCCUGAGAGUUGUUAUGAGACCCAACCCCUCUUUCCAGGGAACUCUGGGAAUUGUGGCUUUGUGAGGGGGAUAGAGGUCUCCUAACAACUUUCAACGUCCUUAACAAACUAGGGAAAGCCAUGACUGUUUAAAGUGAUAUGAUUGGGUUUAAACUAUAUUGUGCAGUUGGGGCCUAAAUUGAAAUGACAGAAAGUGAGGAAAGCAAAAGUGUAUAGAAGAGAAGGCAAAGGAGAGGGUGAAGAGGAGGAAACCAUGAAAGGCUUUAUGGAUAUGGGAUGAGAGAGAGAGAGAGAGCGCGCGCUCUACUGUGGCGACCACAGCAUGGAGAUGUUUGGCAGUGGAAUAAAGUGCCCAAGGAACCUCCAUCAAUGGAAGUUUUAAGAGACAGGCUGAAUGGGCAUCUGUCUGUGAGGAUUCGAGCGAAAAGAAUAUUUCUAGUCAAGGAGGUUAAACUAUAUGUCUUUUACUGUCACAUUCAAUGUUCUCAUUGUAUACAACAAUGGAGGGAAAGGAAAAAGUAAGGGAUACGGUUGGAAAGUACAGAUAAGAGACAGUAUAAGGGAAGAGAGGGUAGGAAAGAUGAUAUCUUCACUGUGAAGGGCAAAUGGGGAGGGUCAGAAUAGGGUUCAUAUGAAGGGGUGGUAAUAAGUAGGUGUGGCCCUUCUCCCCUGAGAAAUUUCACUGGUCCUGGGCACUGCUGUGAAUUUCCUUAAACCUGCCUUGAUGUUUUACCUGAGGAGGUAUUUCCAAAUUUGCUUUGAUGGGAUGUAUGCAGCUUUCAGUGUUAUUGAAACUGUCUUAUGGGCACCCCUUUGACAUUCCCCUAGGAGCUUUGCCAAUGGAGGACGGAAUGCUCACAUUUGCUUCAAAUCCCACUUUUAGGACUCAUUUUUGUAUGGCACAUUGAAGAGAAGGUGAAGAUUGUUGGAAUUGUAGUAAGAUAGCAGGAAGGGGUGCAUUUGGCAUGAAGGGGAGAGAAAAUUAUUUGAACUUAUUUUGGCAUCUGAGCCUACCUUUCCAUAACGAAUCAUACACGAGGCAUUUUGCAGAUAGAAAUAUUGGUCCAGCUGUUGAUCUUGAGCAUUGGGAAUGAUGCUUGAAUGAGAGGGGAAGGGAGUGUGUGAGGAGAGCGUGGGCGGGGGUGGGAGGUGGGUUGAGAAAUGCAUAGUAGAGAAGGCUUGAGGGCAGACCACGGAAGCUGCAAGGUGCUGAAUCCAUCUUCCCUUUUGGCAUGAUGUGCUUUGCAGGUGCGGGCGAGUGCCAUUGCUCAGGAUGCAGACCAGAAUUACGACUACGCCAGCAACAGUGUGGUGCUGCACCUGGACUCUGGGGACGAGGUGUAUGUCAAACUGGAUGGAGGCAAAGCCCACGGAGGCAACAACAAUAAGUACAGCACUUUCUCUGGCUUUCUUUUAUACCCCGAUUGA